AUGCCUAAUUGCUUUUCAGCUGGUGAGAGGAUGAAGACAAGGUCGCCGUCUGUGAUAGUGAUCGGAGGUGGUUUUGGUGGAAUCUCAGCUGCUCGCACUCUUCAAGAUGCUUCCUUUCAGGUUAUGGUACUGGAGUCACGUGACAGGAUUGGUGGACGAGUUCACACUGAUUACUCAUUCGGUUUUCCCGUUGAUCUUGGUGCAUCAUGGCUGCACGGAGUAUGCAAAGAGAAUCCUCUUGCACCAGUGAUUGGGAGACUGGGACUGCCUUUGUAUCGUACUAGUGGUGACAACUCGGUCUUGUAUGAUCAUGAUCUUGAGAGCUAUGCUCUGUUUGAUAUGGAUGGAAACCAAGUUAAUCAAGAGUUGGUAACUGAGGUUGGCGUAACAUUUGAGCAGAUUUUGGAAGAGAUCAAUAAAGUGAGGGAUGAGCAGGAUGCAGACAUGUCAAUAUCUCAGGCUUUCUCAAUUGUAUUUGCAAGGAAACCCGAGUUGAGGUUAGAGGGGAUUGCACACAACGUACUUCAAUGGUACUUGUGCCGCAUGGAAGGAUGGUUUGCUGCCGAUGCUGAAACCAUCUCUGCAAAGUGUUGGGACCAGGAGGAACUGCUACCUGGUGGACACGGUCUUAUGGUUAGAGGAUAUCGUCCUGUAAUCAAUACUUUGGCCAAAGGGCUUGAUAUUCGACUAAACCACAGGGUUACUAAGAUCGUAAGGCGGUAUAAUGGAGUGAAGGUAACGACAGAGAACGGGGAAACGUUCGUUGCGGAUGCUGCGGUGAUCGCUGUUCCUCUCGGUGUCUUGAAAUCCGGAACGAUCAAAUUCGAACCGAAGCUACCAGAGUGGAAACAAGAAGCAAUCAAGGACCUCGGAGUAGGAAUCGAGAACAAGAUCAUACUGCAUUUCGAAAAAGUCUUUUGGCCGAAAGUAGAGUUUCUCGGAGUGGUUGCUGAAACCUCCUACGGCUGCAGUUAUUUUUUGAACCUGCACAAGGCCACGGGUCAUCCGGUUCUGGUUUACAUGCCGGCUGGUCAGCUCGCCAAAGACAUUGAGAAGAUGUCUGAUGAAGCAGCUGCGAAUUUCGCCGUCUUGCAACUCCAGAGGAUUCUUCCCGACGCGUUGCCUCCGGUACAGUACCUCGUCUCGAGGUGGGGAUCGGAUGUGAACUCACUGGGGUCUUAUAGCUACGACAUUGUGGGGAAGCCUCAUGAUCUCUACGAGAGGCUUAGGGUUCCGGUGGAUAACUUAUUCUUUGCCGGUGAAGCCACGAGCUCGAGCUUCCCGGGCUCGGUUCACGGCGCUUAUUCGACUGGAUUGAUGGCGGCUGAAGAUUGCAGGAUGCGUGUGUUGGAGCGGUACGGUGAGUUGGAUCUGUUUCAGCCUGUGAUGGGUGAAGAAGGACCUGCCUCUGUUCCGCUUCUUAUAUCUCGUCUCUAA